CGCCGCUUCCCACAGAGGGCCGAGGGAAGCGCGUCGCUCGUCGGAUGACGCGAAUUUACGCCGACCCGAAGGAACGGGAGGCGGAAAGCGUGGAAGGAGGCAGUCGCUGACCGUGGCUUUGGGGACGUGAACAGAAAUGGAAACUGAAAAUCAGAAAACUAUGGAAGAAAGCACUGAGAAGAGAAAAGAAGAAAAAAAGAAGCGCUCAAGGGUUAAACAGGUGCUUGCAGAUAUUGCUAAGCAAGUAGACUUCUGGUUUGGAGAUGCAAACCUUCACAAGGACAGGUUUCUUCGAGAGCAAAUUGAAAAAUCUAGAGAUGGAUAUGUGGACAUAUCUCUCUUGGUGUCUUUUAACAAAAUGAAGAAGUUGACCACUGAUGGGAAGUUAAUAGCAAGAGCAUUGAAAAGCUCAUCUGUUGUAGAGUUGGACUUAGAGGGAACCAGAAUCCGGAGGAAAAAGCCCCUAGGUGAGAGACCAAAGGAUGAGGAGGAACGCACCGUGUACGUGGAGUUACUUCCCAAAAAUGUUACCCAUAGCUGGAUUGAAAGAGUAUUUGGGAAAUGUGGCAAUGUGGUUUACAUAAGUAUUCCACAUUACAAGUCUACUGGGGAUCCAAAGGGAUUUGCCUUUGUGGAGUUUGAAACAAAAGAGCAAGCAGCAAAAGCCAUUGAGUUUCUUAACAACCCACCCGAAGAAGCACCAAGAAAACCUGGCAUAUUUCCCAAGACAGUGAAAAAUAAACCCAUCCCUUCCUUAAGAGUAGCUGAAGAGAAGAAAAAAAAGAAAAAGAAAAAAGGCAGGAUAAAGAAGGAAGACAGUGUGCAGGCUAAAGAGCUAAGUAUGGACACAGGCAGCACGGGAGUGUCUAAAGCUAAGAGACAAAGGACUGCUUCCGAGGGCUCUGAUGCAGAAACGCCUGAUGCUCCAAAGCAACCUGCAAAGAAAAAGAAAAAACGGGAAAAGGUCGAGACAUCCGUCUUGACUGAAGUGAGAGCAGGGAAAAGGGAGAGGAGCAGUGCUGAGGAUGAAGACUGCCUCCACCCCAGGCCAAAAGCCAAGAAAAGGGCUCAGAAGGAUGGCGUCAGCGAGGCUGCUUCUGAAGUCUCCAAAGAAAGCAGAGACUUAGAAUUCUGCUCUACAGAAGAGGAGAAGGAGACUGGAGACACAAAAGGUGAUUCACUCCUAAAAGUGAAAAGGAAGCACAAGAAGAAACACAAGGAGAGACAUAAGAUGGGAGAAGAGGUUAUACCAUUGAGAGUGUUGUCUAAAACUGAAUGGAUGGAUUUGAAAAAAGAGUAUUUGGCACUGCAAAAAGCCAGUAUGGCUUCUCUAAAAAAAACAAUAUCUCAAAUCAAACUGGAAUCAGAAAUGGACACAGACUGUGCAGUGCCUAGCAAGUCUGGAGAGGGGAGCGGCAAAGGUGAAGUCGGCCAUCCAGAGUGCUGCCCUCAGGAGAAGGUUAAUGCCCAGGGCCCACAGUUUGUGAACGGAGUGAUCGUGAAGAUCAUGAGCACAGAGCCUCUGCCUGGCAGGAAACAAGUCAGGGAUGUUUUGGCCUCAAUCUCAGAAGUUGUUUACGUUGAUUUGCUAGAAGGAGAUACUGAAUGCCAUGCCCGAUUCAAAACUCCUGAGGAUGCACAGGCAGUAAUGAACGCACAGACUGAAAUUAGAAAGAAACACUGUUGGAACCUCGAGGUCCUUUCUGGUGAUCACGAGCAGAGGUACUGGCAGAAGAUAUUGGUAGAUAGACAGGCCAAACUUAAUCAACCUCGGGAAAAGAAAAGAGGCACGGAGAAGUUAAUCACCAAAGCUGAGAAGAUUAGACUGGCCAAGACUCAACAAGCCAGUCAGCACAUUCGAUUCUCUGAGUAUGAUUGAGAAAGAUGGCAGCUCCCUAUGGGUUUCCUUGCCAGAGUGUUCUAAGAAUGCUGGGUCUGCUUCAUGAAUGUUCUACUGAGAUCUACAUUUAAAGAAAAAGAAAUCCUUUAUUCCUCAAUGUGGAACUAAGACCUUUCUUAGAGACAAACAUUAUAUUGUCAUAUUUUUUUUCAAUGACGCUCAUGUUGAAAUUAUGCAGGUCAACUUCAAAUGAUUUCAUAAAUAAAUGUGUUUUGAAAAUUA